AUGGACGCCGACGGAUCGGUGCGCGCGGUGAUUCGGGCGCUGUGCGCGCGCGGACAAAGGGGGGGCGACGCGGGAUGGACGAAUGAUGGCGCGCGCGCGGUGACGGAUGACAUUCGCGAGGACGACCGGGACGGGCGGUGGCCUGGCGCGACGACGACGACGACGCGCGCGCGCGAGGGUGGGGAGGUGGACGACGUCGACGCGUGUCUCACCGAAAGCGCGCUGGACGCGGAGUUGGAUGAGAUUGAGCGGGCGAUGGCGCGGGGCGGCGGCGGCGCGGCGACGGCGGCGGCGGCGGCGGCGCGAGGACGCGAGGACGGACGGCGGACGCGAGAGCGAUCGAGCGCGCCGGGAGAGGCGCCCGAGAUGUGGAGCGCGCGGUUUGUGGAUGUGCUCGCGUCAACGCGACCGCCGAUCGAUGCCGAGGAGACGUCGUUGGGGACGGUCGGGAGCGGACUCGGCGAGUCGCGAAGGCUCGCGACGGAGAUUCCAGUCGUCGGCGAGCGCGAACGGUCGAACGCGAUCGAUGAACGAAUCCAUGCCAUUAUACAGCGCGUUGAUGGGGUUCGAGCGGCCGUGGCGGAGGUGAGACGCGCGCUCGCGCGCGAGACGAGCAAACGCGGGUUCGGUGACUAG